CAUCAAGUCCAAGUUGAUAUUAGACAGUGCAAGAUAUUCAAGUUGUAUAGCAUCAACUUUCUUCAAGAGUAACACCAUUGAAUCUUCAUCUUCGUUGGAUCGAAUUUUUGGAUUCAUCGUCGAAAUACGGAAAAGAACACUCGUAGGCUACCAACAGACUCAUAAUAUCAGAGCAGAGGAAAGAUAUGGGAAGAAGAUUUAACUUCUUUGCCCUAUUCCAGCUCAAAGAAGAAGAAAAAAGAAAACAUUCUUCAUUUGGAUAUAGGUGUCCUUCAGUGGUAUCAAGCACCUUGAAAAAAAAACCCCCCCCCCAACUAUCUAGUUUCACUAUACUAUACAUUAUAUAUGAAUCCAGUUAUCAAAUCCUCUCCAGUUCCUACAAAAGCAUUGUUUACGUAACGAACGCAACCACUGCUUGCUUCUCCAAACCCACAACACCGUUCCGUGCAACCAAAAAACGACGUAAAUCCCAACAACCACAACAUCACUGCAACUCCACGGGCGGGCCCGGCACCACUUUGACGCUCUUCGCAUCCACCUCCGCCGGCCGUUGCGUAUCUUCCCCAUCCACCUCCGCCGGCGCUCGCAGCUCAUCCCCCGCGACCUCCACAGGUCUCUGCGACGCAUUUCCAUCCACCUCAGCCCUCCACUUCCCUCUCAGCAGAUUCGACCAUCGAUUACUGGAAUCCGGCAUCUCCGACACCUGCGGGUUGGCGUUCUUGCUUCGUCGCCGCCGGCGCGUCCACCAUAUCCCCAACACGAUUGCAAUGAGUGCCAGGGCGCCAACGGCCGAGCCCACCCCUAUCCCCGUUUUCGCCGAGUUGCUGAGUGCAGAGGGGACGGGUGUCGGUGACGGUUGGGGCGAGGAGGUCGACGACACGAUGUUGUUGGACGCGCCUGGGGAAGGGGAUGUGGUUUCCGGGAAGGCGACGCCGAUUUUCGUGGCGAGCGAUGAUGCGUAGGCGGGUGGGAAACGGCUGAGGUCGGCCGACUCCCAGUAUACCGUCAUGGGGCUUGAGCGUGCUGUCCCAUCGGUAAUGAGGGUUUUGUUUUGUAACGAUGUUACUAAAUUAGGCACGCCUGGUCCACCGUCGAUUGUGGUGGUGUAGUCCCAGUAGGUUGUGUCUGAUUCUGUCAAGGCUGCUAUGGCGGUGAAUGGCGUGGUGAUUGUGGCUUCACAUAGGUGAGGGAUCUCUUCGCCGUGGCGCAUCCAGCUACGUAUCAUCUCAGUACACGGAAAAAAAGAGUGAAGCAAACCCGACAAAAAACGAGAUCGGAUCCGCAGUCCGUC